AUGGCUUCUCACUUCUUUCUCUUUCUCUCUUUACUCACGUUCUACGCCGCCGGAACCACCACCGCCACCGCCACGUACACCACUCUCGAUGUCGCGUCCUCUGUCCAGAAAACUCUCGACCUCCUGAACCCCACUUUACUCCAACAAGAAUUAGAAAAAACCACACAUGAAUCGACAUCUUCUUCGUUGUCUUUCACACUUCACCCUCGAUCCUCCAUCCACCAUACCCACCACCACCACCAUGAUUACGAAUCUCUAACCCUCUCAAGACUCGCUCGCGACUCGCACCGAGUCACCUCGCUCACGACGAAGCUCAAUUUCGCACUCGCCGGAACCAAUAAGUCGGAGUUGAAACCGGUUGUUCAAACUGAGUCGAUGUUGCAACCGGAGGAUUUCUCUACUCCGGUUUCCUCCGGGAUAUCUCAGGGAAGUGGGGAGUACUUUGCUAGAGUCGGAUUGGGUACGCCGGUGCAAUCGUACUACAUGGUUAUCGACACCGGAAGUGAUAUCAAUUGGCUUCAAUGUCAGCCUUGCUCCGAUUGCUACCAGCAAACGGAUCCGAUUUAUAACCCUUCGGCGUCGACUUCUUAUGGUACUUUAGCCUGCGGCUCUCAGGAGUGCUCGUCGCUGGAAAUCACCGCCUGCCGGAACGAUGUUUGUUUGUACCAGGUGUCGUACGGAGACGGGUCGUUCACCGUCGGCGAUUUCGUGACGGAGACGGUGACGUUUGGGAAGUCCGGUUCCGUUCCGAAGGUAGCGAUGGGUUGCGGUCAUGAUAACGAAGGGUUGUUCGUCGGCGCCGGAGGGCUUCUUGCGCUUGGCGGUGGGCCAUUAUCUUUACCUUCACAGAUCAAAGCGACGUCAUUUUCGUACUGUCUUGUUGAUCGUGAUUCCAAAACCUCCUCCACUCUGGAAUUCAAUUCCGCCCCACCGGCGAACUCUGUCACCGCGCCGUUGUUACGAAACCCAAGAGUGAAGACUUAUUUAUACGUCGGAAUGACCGGGAUAACCGUCGGGUGGACGACCCCUUUCCAUUCCCCCUUACAUUUUCGCCGUCGACGCUACCGGAAGAGGUGGGGUGAUCGUCGACUCCGGCACCGCCGUGACCCGAUUGCAGUCUCAAGCCUACAAUUCUCUGCGCGACGCCUUCACUCGGCAAGCAAGAAACUUGAAACCCACCGAAGGGUUUUCCCUGUUCGAUACUUGUUUCGAUUUCUCAGAGCUGACGAGAGUGGCGGUGCCCGACGGUGGGGUUGA